CCUCUUUUUUCCGGUCGAGCUGCUGGAUCCUUCAAUGGACUAGCACUUCUCAUCUGCGACAAGUGAAGAAAAGGAAAAGUUGACAUUAGCAAAUCAAAACACGCUGAAGAGGACUUCUGUAAAGGCUGGACAAAGCCAGGAAAUGCUGAAUGGUAACACAGUUCCAUACAACAAAAGAUGCCGGUGGCGCCACUACUUCCUCGGCGUCCUUCUGACUGCAGCUCUGUUUUUCAUCUGCAACGCAAGCAUGAAGACCAUGAUGCUGGACCUGACCUCCAAACUGUGGGUGACAAACCUUUCAAAGAAGCUCAUUACUUCGACUGGAAAACUGGAUUUAGUCUCCGAUGGAACAGGGCGGUCUCCAGCAGAGAGGACAGCUGUUUCUUUCCCUCAGUUUAAUGGCUUGAUGUCGUUGAUGCCAUCAGCGCCGCCGACAACAGGAAGGACACAGGAGCCUCAAACAAAAGUCCACGCACAGCCUCAUGGUCUGACCCAUGUUCCCUACAAAUCGCCUGGACCUUACUUGGUGGAGUAUCCCUCUGAGUACCACUUUGUGAUAAAUGAGCCACAAAAGUGUGAAAAGGAAGAGCCGUUUGUGGUGCUGGUCGUUCCGGUGGCUCCUCACAACAGGGCUCAUCGGGACGUCAUCCGCAGCACCUGGGGCAGCCAGAGCCAGGUUCUCGGCAGGAAAGUGCUGCUCUUUUUCCUGGUGGGGCUGAAAGAUGGAGAAGCCGCACCACAGCUCCAACAGCAGCUGCAGCGUGAGAGCCGACGGCCCCGAGACCUGAUCCAGAGCGACUUUGUGGACUGCUACAAGAACCUGACCAUCAAGACCAUGGUGAUGCUUGAGUGGCUGGACUCAUACUGCUCCAGUGCCUCUUAUGCCAUGAAGAUUGACUCAGAUAUGUUCCUCAAUGUGGGCAAUCUCAUCAUUAUGCUCCUGAAGGCUCCAAAAAGUAACUACAUGACCGGUCUAGUGGCAUAUGGGGGCUCAGUUCUUAGAAAUCCUUCAUCCAAGUGGUACCUACCUGAGAAGCUGUACCCCCGACAGCAGUAUCCCCCCUAUGCUCUGGGUCUGGGUUACAUCUUGUCUUUGGACCUCCCUAAGAAGCUCAUCAUGGCCUCCAGGCAUGUCAAAGCCAUUUACAUUGAGGAUGCGUAUUUGGGGCUGUGCAUGGAACACCUGCACCUCCACCCCACGCCGCCCCCCAACAGUUACCAAUUCCAUGUCUCCCCUUUGACGUACAGCCGCUGCGCUUACUCUCAGAUUAUUGCCACGACAACUGCUCCAGAAACGGAUCGUCUAAAACUCUGGAGGGAUUUUAUAGCACCAGGUCCAGAUUGUUAAUCUAGGGGGAAAAAAACAUCCACGCAAAGAAACCUCACAGAAGUCAAGAACAGCUGAUGUCCAAAAACAUAACUGGUACUCCGGGAGGAACUGAAGGAGGCUUGGAAGGUGAAGGUGACUGUGGUGUCGGUGGGGAUUGACCACACUAGGAUUAGUGUGAAAUGUAACUAACCAUCUUUUCCUUAUACAGACUCAGAAUGUUAAGGACGGACCAGAAUUGUAGUCUGUAACCGGGGUGGGGGGUAAGGGUAACAUCGAUUUGCUUUAGAAAACAAGUUUUUAGAGUGCAAUUAUAAAUGCAGCAUGUAAUAUAAAAGGAGGGCUAUCAUAGUCCUUGUAUUUGGUGACCUUGAAUGUUAUUUAUUGACAAUAAAAGUAGUCUAAAGGUCAAAGUUUGGAACAAUCCCACCCACCCCCUCCUGAAAUUGUCAUGGUUUGGGUUUCUUUGUAUUGGUUUUUGCUUUCCAUCUUGUUCUGUCAUGUUUGAGUUCCG